UUGACACAUAACUGUUAUCGACCGACAAAACAAUCCGUCAUAAUCACGAUAUUUUUGAAGCAUCACUUAAUCAUAACACGCUAAGUUGUCAAAGAUGUCGCAGAUUCCUGCCAAAAUAGUGCUGAAAAGCACUACAAAAAUGUCCCUGAAUGAUAGAUUCACCAACAUCCAAAAUACAAGACCAGCCCAACAAGCCACUGUCCAGAAUAUACGCGCCAAAAUGGUUGCCCAGCAACAAGCGUCUGUCGCUAACCGUCGUCUGGCUCUCCAGAUGGCCAAUAGACCCACCGUUCAAGCAGCCCUCAGAGUGAAGAAGCAAAACCUGAAGCAGAGACUUGGGGUGAAGGCCAGGCUAAAUCUGAAUGCUGUCAGAGGUGGAGCUGCCAAUGCUGGCGGUGAUGGACGUGGGCGUGGCAGCAGUAGAGGGAUGAGAGGACGUGGAGGAUUUCGAGGUGCGCGUGGACAGAGAGGAGGAAGUGGUCAGCAGGGCAUGAGGCGAGGACGUGGUGGUGGAGAUGUUGCCAAUAGGGCUAGAGGAGGAUUUGGACGAGGCCGUGGAGGAAGGGGUAACUUUCAGAAUCAAGGUCAGGAAAAUUCUACAGGAGGAUUCCGAGGGGGCAGAGGCAGAGGAUUCAGGGGCAGAGGUCAGGGAGGAAACCGUGGUACUGGACAGAGCCCCAUGGGAAGGGGACGUGGUCGAUUCCAGAGGGGGCGUGGUCGUGGAGGUCAGCGUGGCAGAGGUCGUGGGGGUAUGCAGACACAGGUCAGCAAGGAGGAUUUAGACAACCAGCUGGACGUCUACAUGUCCAAAACCAAAAACUACCUUGAUAAUGAACUGGAUGCCUACAUGCAACAAAGUGAUAUCUGAAUUUUUGGAAACAGAGGAAUGUCUUAGAAAAGUCUCAUAACAUUGGGAAAGUCCUUGAGAAACAAGAGGGAUGUUAUAGAAUAGUCUUGUGGGAGAAACAUUGAACAGGGAUGUGGAAAAAACAUCUAAAAUGUUAGGAGUACAUAGAAAGGACAUUUGUGAUAAAAUUGCUGAUUAGGUUGGAAAAGUGAUCAAGGUGAUAUAAAACCUAAUGAUGGAAUACAUUGACAUGUGCAAAGAUUAAGAAUUUCUCCAUUUAUUGUGUAACAGAUAUUGGAGAUCAGCAGGUUAUAUCUGGGCUUGUUCACGUUUGUAUGUAUAUUUACUGGAAGAGAUAUGGAUAGGUUUGUGUCCAGCUGGUAUGAUAACUUGUGCUGGAGAUGGUGGUUGUUACACAUUCAAGUGAUUUUUAAUGUAUAAGUCAGAAAGUACUGAAAUGAAAUGUAAAGGGCUAUCUUCUCUAUGUAUUCAGUAAAGUUAGAAGACCAAUGUUAAAAAUCUUAAAUGUUUCUAUUAAUUUAUUAUCACAAAAGAUUGAAAUGUCAAGUUUAAGUUUUAAUGAUUCUGUUCAAUUAAACUUGGAGGACAUUAGUUAGACUGUUGAUGACAGCAGUGAUGUGUAAUGUUAUAUCAGAUAAAACAGUUGAUUAACAAUAUAUUAAUGCUGAGUCUAAAUGUUAUGAUCUUGUAUUGAAUAGAAACCAUGUCCUGUUUUAUGUAUGUGUUAAUACCUUGACUACACAAUCGGUUACAUUUCUACCACUUUUAAGUUAUGAAUUUUGAAUGUAUUUAUAAUUGAGUCUUAAUUCGAAGGUCAAAACUAAUGAAAUAUGACCUUGCUACAUUCAUAAAACUGUCAUCACAUAAUAUAUACAGAUAUACCCUAUUUUACAGUGAAGCGUUGAUGAUCAGAUCAAAGUAAAUUGGGAUGUAUAGUACAAAUGCACAGGUAGAGGAUACUGAAAGUUGGUUUAAACUGUCUAGUACUCAAAUUUUGCCAUUAAACAUAAAAUUUUAAAGGGAAAAUCAAUAUUCAGAAAGACAAAUACUCCAAAGUUCCUUUAAAUGAUGUACUUAACAAGAAAAGAUUUAUGUAGAAAACUUCCUUGUACAAACCACAAAGAAUAUAGUAUAAUGAUAAAAACAUCACAUAAUGUCUAGUUUUGGUAUCCACGAAAGUUGUAACACUUGAUAUGAUGUCUUAGGAUUAUUGUAAACUUGUAUACAUACAUUUUAGCGACAAAUUAUUGACAUGAAUCUAGCAGCAAUUAUUGGAAAUACCCAAAUUCAUUUUUGUAAUUUUGUUCAAAAAUUAAUAUUGUGCUAAUAUUUGAUAGUGCUUAAGUUUAAAUUAAACUGCAAAAGAAGAGAGCCCACAAAUUUUUCAUUCUAUGCAGUUGUUGAAUUGAAUUGUUUUGCUGUCCAGCAGUUGGGGGGGAUCGUGGUUUUAAAGUGAAAUGACAGAUUAUCAUAGACAAAGUUAAGUAUAUUGGAUAGAACAAAUUCAGGUUUAGGUAGCAGUGUACAGUAGUUUGUUAAAUGGUGAUAUUGUUGUUACAGUAUAAUCUAAAGACAUUAUUUUAUCCUUCCAUAACCAGUGGAUACCUUUUGUUUUUCCUGUCUUUAUAUUUGAAGCCGUUUAUUAAUUGUAUUUUCUAAUCCCUGAAAUCUUUUAAAUGGGAUAUUUUUAUGCACACAUACAUAGAGAAUCCAGCUAUUUACAGUUUUUUUACCAAUUUUCCACUUAGGCCACACGGGUGGCUAAAAUGUUCAGGAAAAAACUGGUGCUAACACACGAUCUCUAGCAUUUCAGCGUGGUGUAGAUUGAUCAGUGACUUUUGUGUCUUGGAUAUUUAAGUCGUGUGCUUUUCCUGUAGGAAAGGCCAAAUUUUGAGACCCCAAUAUAUCUCUUUGUAUUCGGACGUCUCCAAAUUUUGAAAUUGAUGUUCUGGUUUCAUUUUUAAAAAUUCCUGCAGAAAUUAUUGGUCUUUGGUUAGUUUAUUACUGGGCAUAGACUUAUUGUCAUAAACACAUCUGUGUGUGAAAGGUCACACCAAAGCUUGGUUUUUAGGAAGCAGGAAGUAAAUCAGGUGAAAAUUAUCCAAAAUGAGGAAAGAUAAUGUAAUAUUUUGGUCAAUAGUUUUUUGAGCUAUAGAUGUACAUCAUUUUGUAAUUUUGGGAAAUUUUUGGAAUUUUUACUAGGAAUACUUGAAUAUACUUUGUAAAUGUUUUAUGUAGAAUUGCUAAUAAGUAAUGUUUGAAAUGCUGUCUAUGAUAUAGAUACUAGAUACAAUGGUGAUAAUUAAUGUAUAUAGAUAUCAUCUGGAGAUUGUUUUAGUAGUAAUAUCCUUGGUGUCUAUUGUGAUGAAAUACUUCUGUGUUCCAUUGAAUACUAACUUAUUUCUGGGAAUAAAACUUAUUUCUGAAAAUAGGUUGUGAAAUAAGAUAGUGUAGAAUUAUAUAAUUUUGUGGGGUUAAAAUUUCACGAUUUUCCAAAAACAAAUUUUCGUCGGCACCUGAUGUCAUGAUUUAGUCUUUAUUCUGGAAAUAUAUGUCAACUUUUGUCUAUUAUUUUGGGGAAUUUUUUGUUAUUUAGAGUACCCACAAAGUCAAUGUUAAUAAUUCUAUAUAAAAAUUCCAGAUGUUUCAGUAUAUGAUUUAUCAUAACACUUAUAACUAACUAAAAAUGUCUUACAGUGAUUGAUUCAGUGCAAUAUAUAUCCAAAAUAUAUGAAUUAGGCUUCAUUAUUCGAUUUCACAUUUUUAUUUUCUUUAUCUUCUUAAAAACAUUUUUUUUUUUUUGUAGUUGUCUGCGAGAUAUUGUUUAUGAUACAAAUGGCGCUAUGUUAAAAAACAUGUAUAUAUCAUAUAUAUGUAAAAUGAACGUAUGUAUGAAUGUAGGAAAAUCUGAUAAAACUCUGAAAGGAAUAAACUUCUCACCAUAAUUUAGUUCACAGCCUAUUAUCUAAAACACAAAUUAUCCAUUAAUUUCUAAGGGUUAAAUUUGAUCCUAGAGUCCUGAGGUUUGGUUUACUGGAUUAGUCUGUAGUAUACUAUAAUGGCCCUUCUUUGACCUUUGUAUAACCAUGGUUAACAGUGGAGAUGUAUGGUAUGGUCACCAGUGAUGACAAGAUCAACCAGUGUGUGGCCUGGUUUACAAAUGGUCUGCGGCAUGGUUAACCAAUGGUGUCGUGUUACCUUUCAGUUUCACUAUGAGAUGUAUGAUGGGUCUAAAACCCAGCUUUCUACUGUAUGAGAUCACCUUGUUAGUUGGCAGCAGAACGUUUGACCAUGUUCAGGCAGUUUGAAUGAUUCAAACAAAGCUUUGAAUAAAAAUAUUACAGCUCUAUCAACCCAAAACAGAUACAGAAUAAUACAGAAUAUUCAGUCAAAUUAUUACUCAUGAAAUCUUCAAGAACUUAUCAGAUUUUUAAAAAAUUACAGUUAUUGACACAUAUUUGUGUUGGACUACUACUUCCUGUGUGAUGAAUCCAUCUGCUGUAAGUUUCUGAGAUAGAUCAAUUCUCAUUGAACAAGUCGUUCAGACCAUUUGGACAAAGUGAAGCUGUUCCUUAGUGAGCGGUUAGUAGUCUUCUACUGACUUUGUUUAGUCUUUUAUGUGAAAUUUUGUAGUCAUUUUGUUGUUUGUGUGCUGCUUUUUGCCUUCAAGUCUUACUUAGUAUUAGUGGAGGUGUUGGCUGUCGAUUAAGAGAGUGUUAGGAUGUGUGAGAAUGAGAGAGAAAAUGAUGUUGAAACCAUGAUUGUAGUAAGAUAACAUCUGUGAUCACAUAUUUGUGUGUCACUCGACAGUUUCUUCAAAGAAUGUAUGUAAUAUCAUAUUUCAUUAUUAUUUAACUGUUAAACAUUACAUUACAUGUAGACCCUAAUAAAAACAUUUCAUAAUCUGUUAGAAA